GGCAGCGCCGGGCCGGGCCGCGCCGCGCCGCCCCGGCGGCAUGGGAGGAGAGGGGAGCGCGGCAGGGAGCCGCCCGCCGGGCCCCGGCAUUGGCGGCGGCGCAGCAGCGCUGGCAGCGGCGGGGCCGGGAGCCGCCGGCCGCCGAGGGGAGGGGUCCGGCUCCGUGCGGUCGCGGCGGAGCCGGCGCUGCGGCAGCAGCAGGCGCGGCGGGGCGGAAGUCCUUUGUUGCAGCCGCGGCGGCAGCAGCAGCAGCAGCAGCGGCGGGAGCGGCGCGGGCAGCUCCCCCUCGGCGGCCGCCGCCUCCUCCUGCUCCUCUCCCCGCGGGGCUGUAAUUGAAGCACAAGAUGGCAAGAACCAGCCACAGCAACUACGUCCUUCAGCAGCUAAACAACCAAAGAGAAUGGGGCUUUCUGUGCGACUGCUGUAUCGCUAUCGACGAUAUUUAUUUCCAAGCACAUAAAGCAGUCCUUGCUGCAUGCAGCUCCUAUUUUAGGAUGUUUUUUAUGAACCAUCAACACACUACAGCCCAGCUGAAUCUAAGCAACAUGAAGAUUAGUGCUGAAUGCUUUGAUCUUAUUUUACAGUUCAUGUAUUUAGGAAAAAUUAUGACAGCCCCUGCCAAUUUUGAGCAAUUUAAAGUGGCCAUGAACUAUUUACAGCUAUACAAUGUACCCGAAUGUCUAGAAGAUAUACAGGAUACAGACUCAUCUAGUUUAAAAUGUUCAUCUUCUGCUUCUAGCACCCAGAAUAGUAAAAUGAUAUUUGGCGUGAGAAUGUAUGAAGACACACUUGCUAGAAAUGGCAGCGAAGCAAACAGGUGGGGCAUGGAGCCGCCAAGUUCAACAGUAAAUACAUCCCAUAACAAAGAGCCUGAUGAAGAAGCUUUGCAGCUAAGCAGCUUCCCCGAACAACUGUUUGAUGUCUGCAAGAAAAGCACCACGACCAAAUUCUCUCACACAAAAGAGCGCGUGUCCCACUCGCGCCGUUUUGGAAGAAGCUUCACCUGCGACAGCUGCGGGUUUAGUUUUAGCUGUGAAAAGCUACUGGAUGAGCACGUGCUAACGUGCACUAACAGGCAUUCUUACCAAAGUGCCAGGUACUACGGUGCGGAAAAAAUAGACUUUAACGAAAAGGACUCUACUUCUAAAAUAAUCUCCACGCAAACAGAAAAAUACAAGGGGGACUUGAGUCAAACUGCAGACGAUUCUUCGUCUCCCGUGUCAAACAUGACAAGCAGAAAAAGCAGCACGGUUGCCUCUGAGACAUCAGGUGAAGAAGGAAGUAGAGCCUCCGAGAGGAAGAGGAUUAUCAUCAAGAUGGAACCAGAGGACAAUCCUGCAGACGAGCUGAAGGAUUUUAAUAUUAUUAAGGUGACAGAUAAAGACUGCAAUGAGUCUUCUGACAAUGAUGACCUAGAUGAUGAACAGGAAGAGCCGCUUUACAGAUACUAUGUUGAGGAAGAGAUCAGAGAGAAGAGAAAUGCUCGGAAGACCUUAAAACCCCGUUUAUCCAUGGAUGAGGAUGAAAGAAAAUGUUUGAAAAGUCCCCGGCACCUUACCAGGAAGGCUCCUUCAGUGCAGGAAGAUGUGGAGAACGCUCCCUGUGAACUUUGUGGGCUAACAAUCACUGAAGAAGAUUUGUCCUCUCAUUAUUUAUCCAAACACAUAGAAAAUAUAUGUGCUUGUGGCAAGUGUGGUCAAAUACUGGUCAAAGGCAAGCAGCUACAGGACCAUGCGCAGACCUGUGGAGAGCCCCAGGAUCUGACCAUGAAUGGUAUCAGAAAUUCUGAGGAGAAAAUGGACUUAGAAGAAAACCCCGAGGAGCAGUCAGAAAUAAGGGACAUGAUGUUUGCAGAGAUGCUAGAGGACUUCAGGGACAGUCAUUUCCAAAUGAACAGUCUUCAAAAAAAACAGUUAUUCAAGCAUUCUGCCUGUCCUUUCCGAUGCCCUAAUUGCGGUCAGCGUUUUGAAACGGAAAACCUAGUGGUUGAACAUAUGUCAAACUGCCUGGAGCAAGAUCUGUUCAAGAACUCCAUGAUGGAAGAGAACGAGAGGGAUCACAGACGUAAGCAUUUCUGCAAUCUUUGUGGGAAAGGAUUUUAUCAGCGUUGCCACUUGCGGGAACACUAUACCGUUCAUACCAAGGAAAAACAGUUUGUUUGUCAGACAUGUGGGAAGCAGUUCUUAAGAGAGCGCCAGUUGCGGCUCCACAAUGAUAUGCACAAAGGCAUGGCCAGUAGUGAAAUAGGGACUUCUAAGCUUCUGAACAACUGAGAGAACCAGGUUUGAAGAAGACAUGAGGAAGAACUGGUCGGCAAAAGAUUUCAUAAAAACUCAGAACCGCGUGUGCCAGAUCUGAAUUGGCACCACCUUUGCUUUUUUGACAUACUGCAGCAAUCGCAAAAGGCACCAAAGCAGUCAAAUUAGAACAUGCAGUAAAAGUUGUCUUGGACUCUUCUCUGUAUUAUAAAACUUACUUCCUUGUGACUAUUAUUUACACCUGUUAAAAACAAAUUUGAAGUCUCCUUUCAUGGAGCAGACAGCCAAAAGCGGCAGAUGCCAGGUGUUAAGGGCUGUGUUAACUCAUUUUCAGUUAUGAAAUGAGUUUGCAGAAUUUGCUAUUCGUGUGCUGGAGUGCACCUUUUCUGAAAUGAGGCUUCUUAGAAUUUCUGUCAAAAACUGUUUAGAUUUUUUAGUUAAACAUAAGAAGUGUAUACUCAUGAACUGAAAUGUAUGUAUUUUCAGACAGUUACAAUGCUAAACUAUCAAGUGUUAAAAAAAAAGGAAAAAAUAUUUAAGCUGGAGUACAAGGUGAAAAAAAAAUCUUAAAAACUGAGGACAGAGGGUCCCUGAGGAAGGACAGGAUGGUGAGAAAGAUCCAGCUGACCCGAUUCCCCCUGCUGCCAUGAUCAUCAUUUGCAAGCUGAAGAGGACCUUCCAUGGAGCACAGUGCUUGUAUGUGGAGAGUAAAGAAAUGGUGCUCUGGUCUUAUUACAAGAAUGGGGAAAAAUUUUUACCAACAAGGAGAUGAGUAAAUGUGAAAAAAUCUUCACAGGGCACAGGGUGCACCUUGUUCUGGAUCUAGGCCUUGCAAAAGCUGGCUUGAAGAGGAGAAUCAGGCAUUCAUGUUCAGAUUUGAGCAUUUUAGAAAUCCCAAUGUUUCCAGCUAAAUUAAUGGGGGGAAAAAAAACUAACCAAAAAACCAAGAAGGCAGUAAAUGUUUCAAAUUAGGGCCAGCAUGGAUAAAAACAAAAUUAAUUUAUUUUGCUUCCCCAGGCAACAGUGGAUCAGCUUGAGACAUGUAAGCAGACUAAACAUGCUGAUCUAUAUUCUGCUGUAGUUAUGCAUCUUACUAAUUCUACUCAUUACUAUAAAAGGAUGUUUCAUUGUUCAGUAUAACUGUUAUCUCAAGAAGAGUCUGUCUAUAAUUUUAUUUAUAGUUGGCAUAAUUUUCAUUACUGUUGUUAUGAAGUGUGUAAAAUACUGUCUGUAUUGCAGCUUGUAUAGGGCAUGUGUCUGUGCUUGCUUUACUCCUUUUGAGUUUUAUAAAGUUGCUAUACAAAUGCAAGAAAAGAUGUUCAGAUAUCUUUGAAUGUGGUUGCUUAAACUAAUUAUAUAGCCCCAAACAUUUCAGCAUAUAGAUGUUGAAGGUAUCGGCUCUAUUAACACAUAACACCUUAAACAUUAAUAUAGGCAUUUUAAAAGCUUUCAGUGCAAUAUUGAAAUGCCGACACUUUCUGUCCCAGUGGUUGUGCUGGAGCAGAGGGGAAGAUGGUGAAUAUCUGGGCAAAGCCAGAUCCCACUGGGGACUCCACAGGGAGAAGGCACAAUAUAGCUGGGAAAUCUAAUAGAAAAUGGGAUGUCCUUUCCAUAGAGAACAGGAAGGACCUUCAUGGUAGAACCACCACGAAGCAGAGGAGAGAAAGGAAAUACGUUUAUAGCAUCACCUAAAGAUAGGCCUUCAAAAGUAUACUAAGCGUAGGACAUCUAGAACAGGCUGUGACUGUUCUGUAACUUAGCAAUUAUUUUCAGUCUAUGUAGAGUACCAGUGAAGACAUUCCAGGUUAGUUUUCAUCACCUUUAAAGCUUAUUCUGUGAUUUUAUAAAGUAUCUUUAAUAAAAUAUUCUUACAAAUCUGCUUAUUAUUCUCAUUUAAUUCCAUCUUACACCUGAGUUAAAACAGUCUUGGCAACAGGGUGAAGUUCCAGUUAUCACCUGCUUCAUCUGCUUCUGCGUUUUUCCCAUCCACCUAAGAAUGACAAAAGGAAAAACUGAGAUGAGUAAAAAAUGAUCACAGGAAUGAGAAAACAAGAAAGAUUACUGCUACAGUUCAAUUAUUAUAAAAAUUCUUCAAGCAUUUAAGUGAAUUUGAGAGAUUAAUCACAUUAUAUUUCUCGAGUAUGAAGUAUUAGUCUUUGCCUGUGUUUGCAGUACACCAUUUCCCUUGUUUAAGACUUACCAUAAUUUUCCAGCUUUACAGUUACCGCCAAUAAUUACAGUAUGUUGUUUAACUGCAUUCAUAGCAGUUCUAGACAAAAUUUUCUGUUUUCAUUUAUUCACCGCCGGACCAUAUAGAGUAUCCUUUUAAUACCUUCAAACAAGACCAAGCAGAGUUCGACUUCAAGAGUACUAGAAGAUAAGAUUAGAAUUCAAAAUAAUCCCAUCAAGGUAAAGACAUGAUCUGAAAACAUAAGAUGUUAUUUAAUAGGAACAAGUGCAAGCUGGAAACAUUAGCUGUGCAAGUAAAGGAACAGCUGCUUAAUUCCUGUUGAAAAGAAUCGAUGUGUUAUUUUGGCUCAAAUUCUGAAAAUGAGUCUGCAACAUCACGCUGUUGCAAAUAAAAGGAAAAAAUGAAAUGUCUAAACUGGUGUAUAAUUUGCUCCUUCAGAACUGAUAAGGUGUGAGCUAGUAACAUCUCCAGUUUUGACCACGGCGCUUGAAAAAUAAGAUACAAGUUGCAUGCAGAGAAUCCAGGAGAAAGCAAUGAGAAUGUCUAGAAGCUGAGAAAACUUUGCCGUUGAGCACAGAUUGAAUGAUUUUAGGUCAUCUGACAGAAGAGAUAGUAGAGGGGAAACAGAAUGAUUUUCAGAUGUAUGUAAAAGCUGAUUGCAAAGAAAAAUGGAAUAACGUUUUCUCAAAUCCACAACUGACAGGAAUAGAAAUAAUUGCCUUAAAUUGCAAGAAAGGAGAUUUCGGUUAGACACAAAAUGAGACUAAAUGACCUACUGAGGUCCUUUUCUGAUCUGAUUCUAUGAUUACUUGCAAACUACCUGCUUUAAAGUCCCUUAUUUAGUCCUGUCAGUAGAGCUGGCAGUGGCUGCAAGAAAAGGAGACUGCAGUUGUAGGAAAGUAAAGAACUGUGCCUAAAAUGCACAGCACACCAGUUUAUCUAGUUAACACUAGUGAUACUAACCUCAGGUUUUAAUCAUUCCUCAGCAAACUGUCAGAAGUUUAUGUAAAUAAAUGUGCUUUAAAACCACUUAAUUAUAAAAUAAUUAUUCCUUGAAACAUCAAGCAUUAGUUUAAUCAGUGUUGACA